AUUUGCGUGUACGUCAAAAUCAAUGACGUUUUACACAUUACGGAAGUGUGGAUUGGAAUACAGUAAAAAGUUGAAAAUUUCAAGAUGGAUCUUAAGCGAGUCAGUAAUGAGGAUAAACUGUCUUUGUGCAGAAAAUAUUAUAUUGGUGGGUUCGCCCUUUUGCCAUUCCUGUGGUUUGUAAACUCAGUCUGGUUUUUCAAGGAAGCUUUCAUCCAACCCAGUUAUCAGGAGCAGAAACAGAUAAGAACAUAUGUGAUUCGAUCAAUAGUGGGGACAGUGAUAUGGCUGGCGAUCAUUAUCACAUGGGUUGUGAUAUUUCAGACAAAUCGAGUGACUUGGGGAGAACUAGGAGAUCGCCUCUCCUUUAUCCUUCCACGUGGCAUUCCCUGAAUAAUUAUGAUUUGUUGGUGUGGACAAGUGUCUGGUGUUGAUGAGGCAAAUGUACUAGGUUUUCACUAGAUCUCGUCAUAGGUGAUAAUUAGACAUCUUUUUCUCCGGCAGAUUCUAGACAGGUUCUGGACCGACGGGAGUGUUCUUACAUCAAUAAUACAGAUUUAUAUAGACAGGUUCUGGACUGACGGCAGUAUUUUAUACCACAGCUAUAUAACGCUGUGUGUAUCCACAGACAAGACUUAUACCUCUCAUUUACACCAUAGCUAGGAGUGUGACCUUGAUUGUCUUUUAAAUUUAAGUACAAAACUAAUAAUAAUUUUUUAUGGGUAUUUGUUUCAACAGUCAGUAUCCCAGAUUUCUUUGCUAGAAUAUCUGUUUACUACUUGAAACUUUCAAGAUUUGGUUUCUUGUUCUGUUUUGUUUUUUGUUUUGUUUUUUUCCCUGCAUUACAAAUAUUUUAUUUCCCCACUGAGUAUAUAGAUAUAUGUAUAUAUUUACAUUUUGUGCUAUAUAGCAAGUAUAUACAUUAUAUAUAUAUAUAUGAAUUGUUUAUUUAUAAAUUGUGGGUUCAGCCGUCUCGAACAAUAUUGUUUCCUCAAGCAGGAGGGGUUUCACACAGUAUAGACAUAAAUAAAAUGAUAAAAAAUUAUAUCUAAGAUACUGGUUAAAUUGUUUGAGAAAUUCAUCUUCUCUGAAGUAACCAGCCAUAGAAAAUAUUUUUAUAUGUACAAAAAUAUUGCAUUGUAUACACAGGUUUGUCCUUCAUCAUUAUUCAUAAUCCUGACACAGUUUUUCUACAGUAGAUGAUGAUUUUGGUGUAGUAUGUUUUAUAUGAUUUAGUGUUUUGUUAAAUGGACAAUGCAACAUCCCAGAAUUUUAAAGAUAGAAAAAAAGAAAUUAUUUCAUCAGUUAUAUGAGUAAACUGAUUUAUAUUCAACAGUGUUUAAAACAUUGUACUGUAUAGUUGUCAAAUUUCACAGAUAAAAUAUGUUAUUGUUUUCCUGGUUGUGGCGAGUUUACAAAGUUUAAGUUUUGGGCACCUCCUCCUGAUAAUGUGUAAUACAUUUUCUGAAAUUUGAUUGACUAUAAACGAUAAACUGGGUAUUUGAUUUUGCACUAGAUUAACCCCCCCUGUGAAUAUCACCAACUAUACAAUGUAACUUUUGAAUUGUUAUAUGAGGAAUGCUCCCUGAAUGACUCUGUUAAAUGCUUAUCUAGAUGUAUAUUUAUGUAUUACUACUCUAUGGUUCCAGUAAUAAGCCCAUGUCUGGUAAUAAGCCCAACCCUUGACUUUGAGUCUAGUGAUAUGCUAGCCACCAGAAUAUCACCAUACGUAUUCUGUAUGCUACUAUUUUGUUCAGGAUGUUUGCAGUAAAAGGAACCAUGAUAAAUACAGAAAUCAGCUUCAUUAUGUGUAAGUUUGAUCACAUUAAUCCACAUUUAUACAAAAAGACAUUGAUAGAAUGUUGAAACUGCUAUAUUUGUACGUUUGAUUUUUUUCUUCAUGAUCAUUUUCGAAUUUAUCUGCUUAAAUGUUUCAUUUUUUAAAAAAAAAAUGACAGAUAAAGUUAUUUUAUAAAAGGCAAACAAAUAUUGGUUUCCAAAGACAUGUGAAAGUACACUAUUUUUUACCAUUGAAGAACAGAAGAAACUCCAGCAUCUGUAGCAAUAACAGGUUAUCAGUAUUUGUGAUAGGACAGCUUAAUGAGGAAUUCUUUGAAAAGUAUGAGAAUAUCUUAAAAGUUGAUGCCUAGAUACAAAUACAUUAAGGGAUUCUUUUCUGUGGAAAUAUAGUUAUAAUUAAUUUAUGUAUCACUACACACAUGUAUGAGGGCAAGAAUGCUGCAUAUAAAUGAGAUUACACUUUGUGAGUCUAGUACUUUGUAAUGGUGAAAGGAAGAAAGAUGUUGUAUACUAUAAUUGUGUGAUUUGAGUCUAGUACUUUGUAAUGGUGAAAGGAGGAAAGAUGUUGUAUACUAUAAUUGUGUGAUUUGAGUCUAGUACUUUGUAAUGGUGAAAGGAGGAAAGAUG